AUAGUAAACAAAAAUUUUCUUGAGGAUUUUUCAUUCUCUCUUUUUGUCCCUUAAAUGUUGGUGAAAAAGUGCCCAAAAAAUGACGACACGCAAUCCUCACACCCUCAUGGCCAUGUCCGUGGACGAUACAUUUGAUUUCCUGUUCAAGAUCGUCCUAAUUGGGGAUUGCGGAGUGGGAAAAUCGUGCGUGGUGGAGCGCUUCAAGUCUGGGAAUUUCGUUGAGAGGCACGGAAAUACAAUUGGGGUGGACUUUUCCAUGAAGUCUGUGAAUAUCGAGGGCAAGAAGAUUAAGCUGCAAAUCUGGGACACUGCUGGCCAAGAGAGAUUCCGUACCAUCACUCAGAGCUACUACAGAUCAGCCAAUGGAGUUAUCAUAGUUUAUGAUAUUACAAAGAGAUCGUCCUUCUUGAAUCUGCAACGAUGGAUCGAGGAGGUUCGUCGCUAUACGGCGUCCAGUGUAAUCCUGAUUUUGAUUGGGAAUAAGUGUGACAUGGAAUCUCUGCGCGAAGUUGAAUUCUCCGAGGCAGAAGCUAUGUGCGAAUUUGUCCCGGAGAUUCUCUUCGUGAUGGAGACGUCCGCCAAAGAGAAUACCAACGUCGAAGAGGCUUUCAUGUGUCUUGCCAAUGAACUCAAGAGACGUCACGAUUCAAUAAAUGCUGACAACGAGGAGGCUGGGAUUGUGCUGGGAAAAAGUAAACCACUCAAUCAAUGUAGCUCCAGUUGCAAUCUUACGUGACUUUCACUGCACAAUUUCAGCCUCCCUGCCCCUCUUUCAUGAUUCUUGCAAGUCCACGAAGAAAAUUCUCUCUGCCAGAGGAUGAACGUGACCUAAUCUCAGUGAUGACCACGAAUAAUGAUAUUUUUUUCGAAUGUAAUCUACGUGAAUGCUGUAGAAUAAAUAUUUUUAAGGAAA